CCUUACUAAGUAAUUCGUCUGCUAUGGCGUUCGCUUUAAGAAAUUGUUUAUCGCAAUUACCAAAAAACUUGGGCUUUGUAAGGUUAGCAUGGGUAAACUUUAAGUCAGAAUAUUAGUUAAUAAACGAAUAGAAUAAAGCAUCCAUUAAACCGCUUUUCCAGGGAUAUUUGAAUAUAAUAUUCUACUGUUUUUUAAUUUGUAUUACUUGACCUUGCCUUGAGUAAGCAUUUUUUUUCUUGCAGCCAAGUUCGUUUUAUGUCCGGAGAAUGGGGAUCUGGAAGUGGAAGGGGUGGAGGCGGUGGUGGUUCUGUUAGAGAUGCCGGUGGAUCUUUUGGAAAAAUGGAAGCAGCUCAUGAAGAGCAAUACUUUCGUAAAAUGCAACAAGAACAAUUAAAAGCCAUUCAAGCUUCACUUCAUGAAGAAAUUGAAUUCAGCGAGAAGCAAAUUUCUGAAUUACAGGAAGAAAUCGCUAGACAUAAAAAGAAGUUGUCUAAACUAAAGGAUUUGAAGAAAGACCACUAA